AUGACCAUCAGAAACGUCUUGUUGAGAGUCUCGCAAAGCCGGAGAGAACCGCGUCCACUCUGGUCGAUCGUAGCACCAAUUGGGGGCGUCCAGGAAAAUAACCACCAGCCUGCCUUCAAAAGACACUUCACUGGAAAGCAAGCUGAAGGGCAGGAAAGAGGUGCCUUAGCUGGCGUCAAGAUCCUCGACCUGUCACGAGUUCUAGCAGCGCCAUAUUGUACCCAAAUUCUUGCCGACUACGGCGCAGAUGUGAUCAAGAUUGAGGAUCCUGAACGUGGCGAUGACACACGGUACUGGCAGGUCAGCGGUGAGAGCAGCGCAUGGAACGACGAUGCUGGGCCGAUCUCCAACUACUUCUCCGCCGUCAACCGCAACAAGAGGUCUCUGACCCUGAAUUUGAAGAAUACAAAGGCAAGGGACAUCUUCUUGAGACUCGUGGAGCAGGCGGAUGUGGUUGUCGAGAACCUUCGUCCAGGCGCAUUAGACCGACUGAAUCUGGGCUACGAUGUACUAAGCGAGACCAACCCUGGGAUCAUCCUCGCGAGUACUUCAGGAUAUGGAUCUAGCGGACCGUACGCACAGAGAGCUGGUUACGACAUGAUCGCUGGAGCUGAAGCCGGACUUCUACACUUGACUGGAGAGCGUGGUGGAAAGCCUGUUCGGCCAGGACUUGGCCUUACGGAUAUGUGUACAGGUCUAUACAUGCAUGGAGCGAUUACUGCUGCUCUGUACGCCCGUACUCGCACAGGCGUCGGUCAAAAGAUCGAUGGAUCGCUUUUCGAGACUCAAGUUGCGCUGUUAACUAACGUUGGUCUGUCCUGGCUGAAUCUAGGAAUUGAGGCCGAGCGCUGGGGCACGCAACACCCCUCUGUCGUACCUUACGAUGCAUUCCAGACAAAAGACCUCUAUUUCGUCUGCGGAGCUACGAACGAUAAACAAUUCGCGAAGCUCGUUGAAACAUUAGGCCGUCUAGAACUGAGCACUGAUGAGCGGUUUAACACAAACCCACACCGCGUUAGCAAUCGCGAGGCACUAUUCAGUAUCCUCAACGAGCUCUUCCGCGCAAAGACAACAGCAGAAUGGGAGCAGCAAUUUGAGGGGAGCGGGCUGCCCUAUGCCCCGAUCAAUACGAUGGAGCGUGUGUUCGAGCACCCCCAGAUCGUUGCUAGACAGAUGGUUGAGGAACUUCCGUUCGACGCUGCCGCAACAGGGGCGAUCAAAGUGAUCGGACCAGCAAUCAAGUUCAGCAAGACGCCCGCCAGCAUUCGAACUCGACCUCCUCUGCAUGGCGAGCACACGACCGAAAUUCUCGAUGAGCUUGGUAUUGAUGAAGCAGCAGUGGCCGCACUGAAGAAGGAUGGAGCGUUCUAG